AUGAACCGUCGUUUUUUACUUUUAAUUUGCGUUCUUUUCGCCUUCGUCUGUCUUACGGUAGCGGCACCGAUGAGCUAUGGACAAUUGGAGAAAUUGAUUGUCUCCAGAAAGCGAAGGCAACUCGAGCAAGCGAUUCUCACCGACAUCCUCUCUGAAAUCAUCGAACCAAACGGUCAAAGUAUGCCCUAUCGACCAGGUCGA